UGCAUAAAUAAUUCUUUAGCAAAACAACAAUUUGAAAACAAUUAUGGAUGCGUUGCGAGUCCUGUGACGAUUGUUUGUGUGGGUCUUGUUGUCCUGCUAUGGUCAACGAUACGUGCAAGAAUUGCCAAUAAAUAUACAAUGCUCAUAAUUUUCUGUAUGUUUCAGGAAAAAAAAUUGAAAUUUUAUUGUUUAUGCGUGAUUAAAUAAAUGUUCAAAGCUUAAGUUACCGGACUUAGGCGAUUUUACGAUAAAAAUAUGAAUACGAAGUCUAGUAACUGAAACUGCAAUGGCAGAAGGAAAAGAUACAAGUGUUAAAAGGUUCAAUGAGUUAGUUAAUGUUUUUAAUAAAUAUACCAUUUUGUUUGAAUCAAAUGCUAAUCGCUCCAAGCUUAAACGUUGUUUUGAUGACGAGCCGGCCAUUUUCUCCAAAGUCGAAGCUUAUGAUAAAACCCGUUUUUAUGAUUCUCUUGCUAGAAUCAUAGACGCACAAGGAAAAUGCACCAGUGUUUAUAUUAUUGGUUGCAUUUUGAAUAUAUCUUUUAAUAGCAAAGCCGAAAAAGAAGCAAGAAAUAAGGUUAACAUUUUGGUCAAACUGCUUAAUGAUAACAAGAGAAAUGAAGAAAAUAAAGCAGCCAUACGCAUUCUUGCCUUACGUAAUUCAUUAGAAUUUUUCAAUGCUUAUAAGACUUUUUUAAAAAAGUAUGAGAAAUGUCCACACGAAAAAUAUUCCGUUUUAUUUUAUAAACUAAAAAUUUAUUUUCAACAGAUUUCUCAAUUGAAAUUUAAUAAAUCUAUACUGCAAAAAUUAGAAACACUUGACGAUCCUUUUGAGAUGUUUUAUCCAACGGAUAAAUUUAUCGAACAAAAAAUUAAAAAAUGUGACUUGAUAAAACAAACAAACGAAGAUGAUCCUAUUAAUUCCUCUUAUGUUGCUUUUAUAAAAUACUGGUAUAGAGUUAUUCAAGACGUCGAAAAAGUACUGAUUGUGUUCAAAAAAUAUAACUAUGAACUUACGCCUGAAUUCAAUGCAAAUCCAGACAAUUAUCAUGCUGAAAUCGCCUUAGUAAAAUACUUAAGAGCAAAAAAGCAAGAAAGCAUAGGCUAUAUCGGAAUAUCAAAACUUUGCUGUAAAUUAUGUAACACAACUCUUGACCUAUUAAAUAUUCAACAUGCAGGUUCACACAACAUAUUGUAUGCAGGUGCUAAUUGGAUUAUCCCAUACGGGAAUAUGUUGAAUGAAAGUCAUGUACAGGUAUUAAUCGAUGUUAUAAAACAUUAUUUUCAGAAAAACAUAAACAUGUUUUAUUCCGACAUAAUAAGGGAUACAGAAUUAUCGUGUUUUAAUGUUGAUGAUAACAUGGAAUAUUUAAAUCAAUUAGAGAGUAUAUUUGAAAAAAAGGAACAUGUUGAUAUCGACCAUGAAAAAAGAAAUCAGGUUGCAGACAUAUCAAAUGAUGAUAUAGAAGUUGAUAUUAGUUUUUUUCAUGAUGAAAAAUUAUUAUCAUUAUCGGAAUUAAAAACAGAUCUCCAGAGUGUUGAAAUUUUGACUAAGACCAUGUGAAAAAAUGAUCAUCAUAAGUCAAUAGCUAACAUUUUUGAAUUAUACAAAAUUUUAGUUUUACUUUAUUCUCAGGUACUUGAAAAAUAGAGAAGAGGGAAUAACCGUACCUAGUUAACAAGUUAGGGUGUUUAAAUAUUUGUUUAAAAAAUGAUAUGUUAAAUUAUUUACCCAAACGUAAUAAACAAAAAGCGUCUAAUUGC